AACACAACAAUCCUGAACUUUAAAGUUAGGAAAUUAGGAAAACCCACGCAACACCCGACCUAUAAACUCUGAAAUUUGGGGACUCCGCGACUUUCUCUUCUUUUGCCCUAACGUGAUCUGCAAUUUCAUGGAUCGUUUCUGGAAACCGCGAUAGAGCUUCGUCUUCCUUUUGGAGUAAUCGCAGUCCUUGUUGUACUAUAUGAGCAGAAUGACAAACCCUCCUCUGAUGUUGAGUUUGUCCAACAGAAGUUAGGUGGUCCAACUGUGUCUGAAUAUGAAAAGCUACAAGCUGACAUGUUAGAUCUGCAAAUAAAGUAUAAUGAGCUCUUGCCAGCGCACCAAGAGACCUGCAGACAGAUAUAUAUGGACUGUUUCCUGAAGGCAAUAUUCCAUCACUCAUAGAUUACUUGGGAAUUGUUGUUGAGACGUCGGUAGGCUUUGCUGCGACUUGGGAGGGGUCGAGUUUCUACCUAUCACACCAUUGCAGGAGAUACACUGACUUCCUAUACCUUAAAGAACCCCCUUGGGAUAUAGCAGCUAUUGGUGCAUACUUUUCCCCAACUUCAACUGUACACCAGUGCUGAAAAUAGAAAAAGACACCCACCAGUCGAUAUAAGAAAGACAUGGACAGCAGACAAAGAAAGCGGAGAAGCCAUGUUCCAACAAGAUCUGGACCGGUUAAGUUACCCAAAUCCCGCUGCUCAGGAAAAAAAUUCCUAUCAAUCAUAGAUACCCUUUCUGUGGAGAAGAAAAAUGUCAUUAGCGGUAUGGGAUUUGGAGGAUUGAUGCAACUUGGCUGCAGAGAGUUGCGUUAUGACCUACUAACGUGGAUAGUCGCCAAUUACGACAUUGGCUACCACCGCGUAUGUAUGCAAACUAAUGUUGCUGUCCCAAUCACGCCCCAAGAUGUUAGAGAGGUCCUGGGCAUCCCGGACCAAGGCGUUGACAUUGUCAUUCACAAUAGGCGCGCCACACCCAAUUGCACAUACAACAUAAAAGUAUUGGAAGAUAAAUUGCAUGAUCUACCCAUUGGCGAUGAAUUCAUGAAGUGUUUCCUCAUUUUCGCCUGUGCCACUAUCCUUGCCCCAAACUCAAAACAAGAAGGCAUGCAUGACUUGUGGGACACAAUUUGGGAUAGUGAUGUGGGUGUCCGCAUAAAUUGGGCCAAGUUUCUUCUCCAAUAUCUAGAGGAUGGGAUAAGGGACUACCGGAAUACUCACCCUACAUACAUUAGAGGUUGUUUGCUGUUUCUUCAGCUUUUUUAUAUGACGAAGUUCUACCUCAUGUCUUUCAAAGUGGAAGUGCGCAGUCCACUAUGUGCUGCAUGGACAGAUGAGCACAUCAAGUGUCGCUUGGCAGCCGAAAUACAAACUUAUGGCAAUUAUGGUCAUGUCCAGGUUUUAGAGCAAAGCAACCCACAUGUACGUAAUGAUGCACGACCGUGUGAGGCAGGAAGCUCACAUUCUGAUGACCCCACUGAGACAAUUGAAGCACGGUUGAUCCGGAAUUUAGAGCAUCUUAUUAGCCUCGCUUCAUCUGUGGCACAAGACAUUGCCACACUACGUUCAAGGUCUAGUGGAGGACAACGUGGCUGUGCACUUACCCCACCAGAUGAAGCAGUUAAUGUCGACAUAAACAAAGAAGAGGGUAGCACCAAUGUGCAUCCAUUUAGUGAUCAACUAAUGGGAAAAGGAAGCGGUUCAGCAACGACACGUUCUGGCCAACAAAGGGCCACCAAUGCAGCAGCCGAUGAUGGCCCGUCUACUGAACAAGAGCCAUGCCCACCUUCAACAGAGGGUGCUGAAUUUCAUUCACCUAAAGGGGUACAAAUUGGUGUUGAAGAAGGCCAUGGCAGCAAACUGGUUAAAUCUACACCUAGACGGAGAUUUAAACACACGACGAAAAGGCUUGUAAAGCCAGCCGCCAUUUGCCCCUUCGUCUCUCAAUGUGUUAGACAAUUUCCAAAAAUCAGCCAUGAAGAAAGGAUGGUUGCUGAUUAUGCAUUGUCGGAAGGCGGUGACCCAAGUGAGAUCUUGUGUCAUAUGCAUGGGACAUACAUCACACGGGAUGAACUUUCUUCGCUCAAUGGAGGUCGUUGGGUGAACAGUAUGAUUAUAGGGGUUGUGUGUCGAAUGCUAAAUGUAGAACAAGAAAGACCACCGCGUGCACACUAUUUUGACCCAUCAUUCUCUGUGGUGCUGGCCAGCCUGACGACAAAGGCAAAAAAGCAUGAAAUAAGGGACCGGUGUCGGAUGUUCCUUGAUGCUGAAUAUGUGGGCCAUGAUUUCUCAAGUUGCGAGCUGCUUUUCUUUCCCGUCUGCGAUAACAACCAUUGGCACGUGCAUGUGCUGAAUAUUCCAUCGUCCAGAGUCGAAAUCUUAUCUUCGUUGCCUUUAAGAAGGGGCAAUGGGAUAAGUGUCGUAUCAAGACGAUUGUCUGAGACAAUUGGAAAAGCAUUUCAUGCUCAUGGCAUGCUACGACGAGUGGAGGUCUCAAAAUUCGAGCAUGUACAACCCCAACUUGUGCAACAACAAAAUGGAUUUGAUUGUGGCAUGUUUGCAAUAAAGUACAUGCAACAUUGGAAUGGGGCCACACUAGCACAAGCAAUCGCGGAGGACAAGAUGCACCUUUAUCGCUUGAGGCUGGUUGUUACGUUGGUUAUGAAUCCCGCAAACAAUGCUAGAGAUACGGUCAUGAAGGCAUGUCGACUAUGACAUCUGCGGCCAACAUUCAGAAAACAUGAUUCCUCACAAGCAUGAAGCCACCAUGAGGAAGAUGGGAGAAAUUUGACAUUGCGAAAUUGUGGAUGCUGGAGAAAGGGAUGUGAUCAUAAGACAUUCUCAUCAUCAAUCAAACUUUAUAAUAUAACUCUUCAUUUUUUUAUUUUUGUUUGUAAAUUUAGCCAUGCCUAAUACGAGAGCUCUCUAAAAACUAUAUACAGACAUAAUAAAUGCUUUUUAGGUUAGGUGCUUUUAGAUUAAUUUAGCCGUUUAUACAAAACAUACAUUGGUAUAUGAAAUUUUGGUUGACCUUAAAAGGUUACUCCAUUACCUCUUGGCAGGUUCGUAGUUCUAUGAGAUCCAUGCAAUAUGAGAAACUAUUGUCUAUGUUGAAGAACUCGCUUUUUAUUCUGCAUACUAUUUGGCCAAGUGUACAGACAGAGGACUUCAUUAUACCAACUUAUGAUCGUUGGUCACCAUGGUUUUCGGGAAUUUAGUUUAUGGAAUUGAACUUGUCCUUGGUACUGGAGUCAAAUCUGCUGAUGUGAGGCGGAAGACACUACUAAAAGCAACUGGAUAAACAAUAAGUUACAAGAUUCUCAUCAUUGCAACAGGUGUUCGGGCAUUGCAGCUUGAGGAAUUUGGAGUGGCUGGAUCAGAUGCUGAAAAUGUGUGUUAUUUACGUGACUUGGCUGAUGCCACCAGGCUUGUUGAUGUCAUGCAAUCUUGUACUGGUGGGAAUGCUGUUCUGAUUGGCGGUGGGUACAUAGGCAUGGAGUGUGCUGCAUCUUUGGUGAUAAAUAAAAUAAAUGUUACAAUGGUCUUCCCAGAAGGACAUUGCAUUGAUCCAGAUUGAAGAAGAGCUUGGGGAAAUAGCGGUUUAUGCUGGCGAAGAGUGGAGGCAGUUGUGAUCAUUAUUUCCAGAUUUUAGCGGAGUUGUUCAAAGUGUCUCUCCUACAAUGAGCAUACGAAGGAAGAGUAACAAAGACAUUGUUCCUAAGCGUGAUAUUACUAUUGCGGACAAGACGAAGAAGAGUGUUGUGGUCUCUUUGUGGAAUGAUCAUGGUACUAAUGUAGGGCAGGAAUUGUUGGAUAAUGCUGAUAAAUUUCCAAUUGUUGCAAUUAAAUCUCUCAAAGUUGGAGAAGGGAGGGUUCUAUUGGGUUUGAUAUCAGUCCUUCAUCUAAGGGUGGAGUGAGGUCCAUGUACUAUGACAGGGUUUCCCUUGCUCAUGUAACCAGCAACCCAUCUUUGGGUGAAGACAAGCAUCAGAGCAUGCAUAAGCUUCAUCAAGCCUGAUCAAACAAUGUGGUAUCGGGCUUGUAAGACAUGCAACAAGAAAGUCACAGAUGCUAUUGGUGUGAAGGAUGCCAAAAGAAUGAUGAUGAGUGCAGUUUAAGGUACAUAAUGGUAGUGAAAGUUUCAGAUGCUAGUGGUGAAGCUUGGCUUUCUCUGUUCAAUGAACAAGCAGAGAGAAUAUUUGGGUACUCUGCUGAUGAGCUUGAUAAGCUGAAAUCACAGGAGGGAGAAGAGAACCUAUUCCAACAGAAAAUGUAGGAAGCUAUUUGGGCUCCUCAUCUUUUUCGGAUUAGUGUUGCACAGCAUUAGUACAUGAAUGAGAAAAGGCAUAGGAUAACAGCCAGGGCUGUUGUUCCAUUCCAUUUUGCAGCUGAAUCCAGAUUAUUGUUGGAGGAGAUAUCAAAGAUGAAUCCAGUUUAUUUUGUUCGUUGGAUAACGGUAGUUAGUCAGUAUGCCUUCAGUUCCCUCUAUAUCUUAACACACAUCCCAUUGAAUAUAGAGGAAGCUUAAUCCUAACUUGGAAUGCACAUACCAUUAUUGUAAUAUAUGUUGCAGACAUACAUGUGGUUUUGUUGCAUUGUAGACAAAUCACUUAAAAAACAGUUUUACGACGUGGGUUUCCAUGUGAUCGACUUUUGGGCUAUCUGGUUAAUCAGUAACGGUUAUUUACCCCUA